CAGUUCUCUCCAUCGCCACCUGCAACAUCUCAAUGAAAUUUCCUGUGUCUGCAAGCCCGGCUGCUGCUGCGGGGCUGCUCAGAGUGCGCGGCCAGCUCCGGAGAGGCCAGCACCCGCGGCCGCCCCAGCUACCAUGGAGGUGACGUCCCCCCGGCCCAGGCUGCUGCUGGCCACGCUCUGCCUGCUCGCGUCCCACGGAGGGCCAUCAGCUUUCCUGAUCACUACGCCGUACUCGCUUUGCGUCUGCCCCGAGGGCCAGAAUGUCACCCUGACCUGCCGCAUCAGCGGCCCCCUCACCGACCGCCACAACCUGCUCUACAAAUCCUGGUACUUCAGCAGCAACGGCGACCAGAGCUGCUCUGACAAGAAGCACAUCCGCAAUGUCACCAACAAGGAGCUGCACCACGACCUGGGCCGGCACCACGAGCCACCGGGCAACGACACCCAAAAAUCCCCCCUGGCGGGGCAAACCAGCCAUCAUGGAGUGGAGUUUGUCCCCGACCACCAUGGCGCUUUUCACAUCGUGGUGAUGAACCUGACGCUGCAGGACAGCGGGAAUUACUGCUGCUAUGCCAUCGAGGCCAGGCGGGAGCACAGCAGGAUCCACACCUUGCAAGUUGUUCACGGCGUCGUGGAGCUGCAGAUUCAGCAAGGCAAAGGAGGCCUUCAAAACUGCACGUUUCACACUGCCACCAGCAAAGAUAUCACGGCUGCUGCACUGGCGACGGGCGCGUGCAUCGUGGGCAUCCUCUGCCUGCCCCUCAUCCUGCUCCUGAUUUACAAGCAGAGACAAGCCGUCAGCAGCAGACGUGCCCAUGAGCUCGUCAGGAUGGAGAGCAGCGCCCAGGGCAUCGAAAACCCUGUUUUCGAGGCGGUCCCCUCAGCGAGCGCGGAGCCGCGGCCCCGGCCCCAGCUGUCCUACAUGGCCAGCCGGCAGCCCUCCGAGUCUGGCCGGCACCUCCUCUCCGAGCCUGGCACCCCCCUGUCCCCCCCUGGCCCCGGGGACUGCUUCUUCCCAACGCUGGAUCCUGUUCCCGACUCGCCAAAUUCCUUGAAAGACUAAAGACGUUGGAGGAAAUCACAUCCCCCAGGUGCAGCCAGGAGAGGCCACGCUCACCUGGGACCCCCGGGAAGGGUGGCACGGUCAUGGGCAGCAAAACCUCACAAAACAACACUGAACACAGAGUCCUGCCCUCACCUCCUGCCCUGGAGCUGCACGGGAACCUCUCUUGUCCGGAUUUUGGUUUUACUACCUGUUUCUAUGGAGAAGAGCAUGGCUUUGUCCUGCUUGCGUUUUACGGACUAGCUGAAAACUGGAGAUGCAGGGGAGGAAAGACGACCUGCACCUGCAAAUCUCCCCCAGGAUUUAACUUAUUGCCAGGGGUUCAAGCUCUGCAAUGUCAACCUGCUUCUGCAUCUUUGACAGAACAUCCUCUCUGGGAGCGGAUGGAAAAGUACUUUAUAUCCACUGCGAGACAAAACAGGGUCACUGGCCAACCUUGUACUACCUUUUUCUUUGCAAAACAGGAAGGGGAGAGGCUCCCUGCCACUGCCGGAGCCCUCCUUCCUCACCAGCCUUCUCAGAUGGCCACGGACUUGAGAGGCUGCCUCAUUUUCAGCUGGAUACACAUUGGGGCGAGCCUUAUUUCUGCUCUAAUUUUGUCCUUGGCUUGGGAUCAGGGGAAUUUAUCUUUCUGUUCAUUUCAUUAUCAGUGCUGAUUAAAAGAAAAAAAGGA